CUUCUGCUAUUUUAUCAACAAGCAACAAGCAUGGCUGACUCUGUGUCCGUUGGUAGUGAUGUUCCUGAAAAUAUAUCGAUUGAAACACUAAAUGCAGAGCUUGAAGAGCUCGACGACACUGAAUAUGAUAUUCCGCCUGUUGAGCAAACGCCAACGCUGGAGAGUAUUCUGAAUGAUGUUGAUGAUAGAGGGUCUAUUAGCGAAGAUGAGGUAUCAGGAAACCACUUCAUUCAUCCAGGAGAGGCAUUUGAAACUUGGUCCAUGGGUAGUAUAGGAGGACGAAGUAGAAGCUCAUCUGAGCGUCGAAGCACAACAAGAUCUACCACCUCUAGAACUACAAGCAAUGCAACUGUUCUCAAAGCUGGAUCAAUACUUCGUCAUGUGAUUUUGAAGGCUAUUUCGUCUCAAGUAGCCUCAGCAAGUGAACGUGUUGAUGCAGGCUUACCCACUUGUAUAGCAGUUCAAAUUAUGGUUGCAGUAGGAACCUCUCAUGGCCUAGUUCUAGUGUUUGACUCCUCUCAAACGCUAAGAUCAUGUCUGGACAGUCAGGACAAGGAUCAAGGCUCUGUUUCUGCCCUUUGCUUUAAUUAUGAUGCCACCCGACUACUUGUUGGCUAUGCCAGAGGUCACGUCCUUAUGUAUGAUGUGAAGAGUGGGAAACUUUUACGUACUAUGACUGAUGUUCAUGCACCAGGAACAGCUGUGCUUCAUGUUAAGUUCACCGACAAUCCUAAUUUGGCUCUCUGCAGUGAUAGUGGAGGAUCAGUAUUUGAACUUACAUUUAAACGUACCAUGGGUGUUAGAGGGUGCUCCUCAAAAUGUUUAUUCUCUGGCAGCCGAGGAGAAGUUUGCAGCAUUGAACCAUUAUUGCUUGAAUCAGUACCAUCACACCCACUCCAUGGAACAGUUCUGGUAGCAAUGGCCACUCUCUCAAAGAUUAUUGUUGUCAGUAUCCGACCAAGAAUGAAAGUGCUUUUCACCUUUCCACUUAAAGCUCACCCAGCCACAUUGCCCUUGAUAUCAUGGCAGUUUGUAAUAAUUCAGGUGGGAGAGCAAUCAAAAGUCGUUGACCCUGUUCUUGCAUUUGCCCGAGAAUCUACAGUUCACUUUUAUCAGGUCACAUUAGAUAUGUCGAGUAAAAUUAGAUUGAUCCCUCUUCAGAAGAUGUGUGUCCCUUAUCUAUUGUUGUCUUUGCACUGGUUGAACCCAAGGACCCUAGCCACUGUGGAUACACUAGAACAGGUUCACCUCAUAGAUGUUCGAUCUCAAGUUGAACUCGAAGUUGUUGAUGUUUCCAGUGCUGGUUUAGUUUAUGGUUCGAGUCACUUCAAAGGCCUUUCUACUGGUGGAAACGUCAGUAAAGCACUGGCUCUUGCAGGUGAGAGGGCAUGUUAUAAUUCUUUGCUGAGCUUUGGAAAUCAAAUGAUAGUGUUGGGGACCAAGGGUCUUCAUGUCUUAGGGAUUCGGACAUGGAAGGAGCGGUUAGACCACCUAAUGCGCCAGAAACACUAUUUAGAUGCUUUGGCUUUGGCAUUGGCUUUUUACCAAGAUCGGGCUAAAGCUGUGGUGGGUUUGAGAGGACCUAAGGGAAAGCGCAAAAUGCUCACUCGGGAUAAGGCUUUAGAUAUCCUCCAUAAAUAUAUUGAUGAAGGAAUUUGUCAGGCAGCUGCUGCUACAGAACAGCUCUAUCGAGAGUCUGUACCUGUAUGUAUGCAAUAUAGUAUUGAAUUAAAUGAACUUGAUAUAUUAUAUAACAAGUUGUGGGAAGUUGUAUCCAUUUACCCAGUGUCCAAAGCUGUUUACCUGGAGGCUCUAGAACCACAUCUGCUCAAUGAGCAGCUUGCUGAUAUACCCCCAGUCAUAGUGCAAGAAUUUGUUCAACAUUAUUGCAACAACAAAAAGUUCCUGGCUCUUGAAGCAUGUGUUGUGCGUAUUCCAGUGACAUCUCUUGACUUCCAUCAAGUUAUGUCUAUAUGUUGGGAACAUGGAUUAUAUGAUGCUAUAAUUCAUCUAUAUACAAGAGGAAUGCUGGAUUUUGUUAGUCCUCUGCAAGAACUUUUACAAGUAUUACAAAAUGCCAUCGCCAGUGGCAAGCAGUUGUCAAAUCAACAAAUAACUUUAGGAAACAAACUACUGGUUUACACAAGCUGCUGCUUGGCAGGCAGGGGCUAUCCUUAUGGUGAUGUCCCUCAAGAAUUGGUGCAGGAUGUAAAACAUAGAGUAUUUCAAUGUGUAACGUGUCAGCAUAGUCUGAAUGCCAAAGAUUCUGAACGAGCUUAUCCCUACUUAAGAGUGUUCCUGCAGUUUGACACAAGAGAGUUUUUGAAUGUAUUGGCACUGGCUUUUGAGGAGCCAGAGUUUACCUCUGAGCUUGGUUUAAGACGAAGACAGUUGGUUGUUGACAUUCUAUUGCAUUUGGUCGUGCAGGAGGAAGGCUUCACUGCUUCCCAGAUUGGAGCGCUUCUUACCUUCCUGGCGCGCCAGUUGGCUCAGAAUGGACCUUCAGAUCGUCUGCAUGUGGAUAUAUCUCUUUUUGAGCGGGUAGUUGACCACCUCACUGAGCCAGGAGCUGUUGGGUCACAGAAAGAAGAGCGACAGCAAGCUCUGCUUGAACUCAUGCAAGCUGGAGGCUUGUCUCAAUUCAACCCAGAAGAGCUUUUGCAGAAAGCCAAGGGAGCUGAAUUUUACCGUGUAAUGGAACUGUUGCUGCUUCAGCGUGGUGACAUUCAUUUGGUAGUAGACUGUUACCUGCAGGACCAGCCAAGACGUGCUCAAGUGUUCCCAUUUUUAUUUGCCGAACUUUCUAUAACUGCAGACACUGCAGAUGGAAACCAACAUCUGUUGUUGGAUUCUGUUGAGAAUAAUAUUCAGAAAUUAGUUGCUGUGGAUGCUAUCCAAACAGGUCACUUGAUUCAUCAGUAUCUACAUUCUAAGCUUAACAACAUUUUGGAUAAAUUUGAAGGUGACACUUCAAUUCAGUACACUAUACUUCGAGGCUUGUUUUCAUACUAUAAUGAGACACUCAGUCGUGAAGAGCCUGCCCCUGAACCAGCCCUAGCUGAAAAAUACAUUGAACUGCUAUGUCAAGAGAGUCCAGAAAAUCUGAGCGAUUUCCUCCAGUGCAAUCAGUGGUACAGACUUGAUGAAGCGCUAAAAACGACAAAGAGGUUCAAGCAGGAUGAGGCAUCUGCUCUUCUACUAGAAAGAUCUGGCGAUUUCAUGGGAGCCUUUUCCCUGCUUCAUGCUCGUUUGGAACCAUGCCUUUCCAAGUUAAAUUCUGAAGACAAAUCUCUUCAUAAAAUCAACGCUCUUACUGCAGAGUUGGUCAGACUCUGCAAAAAAGGCUCUGCUACCAUGGAUGUAGCAACUCGGCAGGAAAGCCUAUGGUUUCCUCUCCUGAGCACUUUACUUAAGGCUCAUAUCAACCAUCGAACGGAGAUAAAACCACUUCUUCAGCAAAUUCUGAACAGCAUGAGUGGGUAUGUGAAUAUGCCAGCUGUUAUUCAAAUCAUUCUUCAGGAUCCAGCAUACAGUGGUGGCACUUUUGGAGAAAUUAGGGACCUUAUGAUGGGAAUGCUUGGUAACUGUGGGUAUGAAGAGUUAUUACUGCAAUCAACAUCACGUGUAUUAAGCGCUGACUUGCAUUUGCAGUUAGCCAGAGAACUAGCCAUCAGUAAUAAAGGUUUUGGCCCUAGAAUAUUCCCAGCGGUUAGAAAUACUCCUGCCUGCUGUUAUUGUCGAGAGCCUCUAGCUACAAUUGGAUCUACUGGAAAUGAAGAGGCUAUUCUUUUUAGGUGUGGUCAUUCAUAUCAUAUGAGGUGUACUGAACAUCCACCACAAUGUUUGAAAUGUGAUACUUGAACUUGUGAAGUGCCAUUCUAUAGAAAUUGUUGCAUGCAUGUAACUAACUAUGUACCAUGCGAAUAUCUUGCACUUAGUAAUCACAGAGGCAAAUUUAAUAGGAAUAGUUUUUUUUUCUUUUCUGUACUACGCAUCAUAGUCUUUACCAAUUCAGUGUUGUUGUUUUUUUUUGUUUGUUUUUUGUGUUGUUUGUUUGUUUUUUUGUCGCUGUAAAGAAAAAUUUGUGAAGACAAACAUUUGCUCAAUUCAUGUUGUUGAACAUUCCAUUUGUAUACAGGAUUUUAUAACCUAUUGAUGCUUGUAUAUUUUAUAUAUAGAUAUAUAUUUAGUCAGAAAGUCUUUUUAUAUCUCAGGUUUUACAAUAAUUGUUAAGACUGAUAUAUAUUGUUGCUAGUCCAUUUAACUACUGUAGUGUUUAUUCAUCAUUGUGGAGCUUUAAUAAAUUAUUUAUUGUCUUUGUUAGAAUA